UGUGUGGUUCACAGUGAAUGUUUUAUGCAAAUAUGUGCUCAGAGGGAAGUGACCGUUUUGUCACCACAACUUCUGCUGCGCAAACGAAACGACUCCAACGACCAAGUUCAACAUGCCCGGGAUGCUUCUCGGAGAUGAAUUUCCUAAUUUUGAAGCAGAAACAACGUUUGGAAAAAUUAAAUUCCACGAAUUUCUCGGUGACUCAUGGGCGGUGCUGUUCUCCCACCCUCGAGACUACACCCCUGUGUGCACCACUGAGCUGGGGAGAGCUGCCAGACUCAGCGGAGAGUUCAGUAAACGCAGCGUCAAAAUGAUUGCCCUAUCAGUUGACUCCCUUGAGGACCACCAUGGCUGGACCAAGGACAUCCUGGCCUACAACUGUGUGGAGUCUGACUGCUGCUCACUGCCCUUCCCCAUCAUUGCGGACAGGAAACGGGACCUGGCAGUGGCCCUAGGCAUGUUGGACCCAGAUGAGAAGGACAAAGAUGGCAUGCCGCUGACUGCCCGCUGUGUGUUUAUCAUCGGGCCUGACAAACGGCUAAAGCUGUCACUGCUCUACCCUGCCACCACAGGAAGGAACUUUGAUGAGAUUUUACGGGUGGUGGACUCACUCCAGCUGACGGCACAGAAACGGGUGGCAACACCUGCUGACUGGCAGCCUGGAGAUUGUGUGAUGGUUCCUCCCAACAUGCCAGAAGAGGAGGCAGCAUCUUUAUUCUGUGCUGGUGUUUACCACAAAGACCUGCCUUCUGGGAAAAAGUACCUGCGUUACACACCUCAGCCAUAAGAACAGAGAGUCCAGAUCACUGAGAAACAACACUUUUCAGUGCUGGACCCUGAUAAUUGUUGGAACUGCGUCACACCAGUCUAUUAAAGACAUCACAGUUGUGUACUGCACAUUGUGCUGAGUGAAAUUCCGCAGGGACACACGGGCUGGAUCUGUAAGUGUGGUCAGUAAUAAAAAUGUACAAAAUCUGAACUUGCAAUAAAAUUGGUGAAAAUGUU